AUGACAGAAAGUGCACGUGGAAAAUGGACUCCGGCUGAACGUGAGGAAGACCAAUUUCCUGAGCUCCGAGGAGGCCACGAAGCCAAUCAUCGACGGUUACGGGGAAGACUUCAGAAUGAUACAGGACUUCCGAUACCUGGGAGCGAUCUAGUCGCUGAUGGUAGCGUGGACCAGGCUGUAAAAGCCCGAAGGAAGGCGGCAUGGAUGAAUUGGAGGGAGUCCUCCUGUACCCUCUGCGACCGUCGGUGCUCCAAAACUAUCAAAGGAAAGGUGUAUCGCACAGUGCUGAAACUCACGAUGCUUUACGGCAGCGAGUGUUGGCCGGUGGGAGUUGGACCCGACUGGAUCGCAUCAGAAAUGAAGAGCCAGGGGCCCCAAAGAAGAGAUAGCUAG